GUCUGUAUGCCAGGACACGAGAAGAAAGCCUUCUGUGGUGUUAUUUAUUAUAGCAACAGGCCCUGGCAACAGUUGGACUCCAUGGUGAUAAUGAAUAACCAAGCUCCUAAGGAAGAGAUGAGGGCAUUUCUACUCCCUGGACAUGCAGCAAGGAGAAGCAGAUGGUCACAGUUUCGCCAUGGGCUGCAGUACUUCUAACAGGGUUGCUGUAGCACAGCUGCCUUCUGAGGAGCUACAGAAGAACCAAGAAGCCAAAAACCAGGUUACAAGUGCCAGCAUUGCUAGAACAGGGGCUGUCACCUCAUGGGAUGGGGCAGCUUGGCCAGCAGGCCCUUCAGAGAAUGGAAGCAACGUUGAAGACAAGGCCAGAGAAGGAGACUCCCCUGAGGAAUUUGCAGAAAGAUUUACACCUUCUCAAAAAAGAAGCAAUGCGCAAAGCACAGAUGCACUGCUCACCAGUGAGUUCAUCAGUCAAUCACGGCCCUUACAAGAAACAGAGAGACAAAAAUCAUCAGAUAUUCUUGAGGAGCUGAGGAUGCAGGGGAUAAUCAGGAGCCAAGGCACUAUUGUCAGGACUGAAGAAGUGUCUGAAAACAAGCAACCAGCCUGCUUCCAAAAGGAGUGAGCUGAAUACUGACCAACGCAAUCCAUGCCUCCAGACUUCACAUGUCAAUUGCUUGGAAAGCAACACUUAACAUUUCUUCUACCAAGGAUGACUCUCAAACCUAGCGUCCUUGUUAGCCAUUUUCAAAUGUUUUCUGGUCAUGACCCCAUUUCAGACUGGGACUCCACUUCUGAUGAGCCCUUGACCCCAAAUAUUGGCACGGAAAAAUGGCUUCUAACUAAUGGCUCUGUACUUCGCUCCUAACUUUACAGACCCUAUGCAGAGAUGAAACCCCUACUUUCAGACGAAGGGAUGUGGAGCACGGCAGCUUGCUUCAGCCAGCUGCUGGGGGCUCACAGAGGGCUGUGCCCUGCUGCUGCCGAAGGCCUGAAGGCAUGAUGAAAGCUCAGCUGAGAGUUGCUCCUGACCACGCACCAGCUCUGUUCUGGGUCUCAGCUGUUGACUGCAGUUGAAUUAGUUCCUGCUGCAAGCUGGAGGAGCCAGGUCCUGUGGUGUAGUUCUCAGGUGAAGCUUAAGCCAUGGUAUGAUGGCUCAGAAACGCAGGCUUGUGGAAUAGAAAACAGAAGGUUGCGUAGAAGGAGGUGGAUACUUCGCCGCUGGAUUAAAAUUGCGAAAGAAGAAAAUCUCCAGUUAUCUUUCACAAGUAAUUUCACAUUAAUUCUCCUGUGUUGUUGUGAUCAUGUUUCUCUCUUUCAAAGUAACAGGAGGGAGGAUGGUGUGGGUUCUUUUGUUUCCUU